AUGAGUGAACCUACAACUCAACAGCCAGAGUUGGUCUAUGGCGAGGUCGAAGCCCGCGGAAUUCAGAGACAGCACUGGAUCGAAAAUGCGCCCACAGACUCUGAAGUUUCAUGUCCCAUCGAGCCAUGCACAUUCAACUUGGCGGACCUCGACCCCGCAUUCCAGAACACCGGCGGUCCAAACUACUGCCCCGAGGAGACCAUGUCCGUCACCCAGGACGUCAUGGGCGUCCGCGCCCCUCCAAGCGACACAUGGAGACGAUUCGACCUUCUAAAAGUCGAUCCAGAUGCCGAACCAGUCCAAGACGCAACCCUCUGGCACCUGCACAACUGGGAAGGGAACAUCGCACCGGGAAUCCUCUACAUCGAGAACAUCUUCCGACGGGCCGGCGCUUCAUUCGAAGAGGCCGGGCCCCGCUCAUCGCAGCUUUCGCAGGCCAUCUACGAAUCCCGUCACCCCAUCGAUACGCUGAAGCAUAUCAUCUUCUGCGACGUUGUCAACAAGGAGACGAAGCGGUUCGUCAAGCGGCAGCUGUACGAUGAUGCGCUUUUUGAUGAGACGGGUGUCGAGUGGCCGAGUGAUGAGUUGCUGGCGUGGGAAUAUAAUACACCCGCUUACAGAGGUAUUCUUGGUACGCCGAUCGGUGCGGUCGCGUCGUGGAUUGUGCUGGGUGCGUUCAAGCGUGGAACGCAUAGGAUUGGGAGAAUUUAUACUUGUGGGCACUAUGGUCGGUGCAUGCUUAUUCGGUUUGAUAUUGAGGCUGUUGAGCCGGUGAUUGAGCCCACGAAGCCUAAGAAGAAGAGUGAUAAGAAGGGCAAGCCUGAGAAGCCGAAGGGGAAGUCGGAGAAGAAGAGAAAGGUUGAUAAUGCGGAUGAUGAGUUGACUGAGGCUGUCGAGUUCAGGAAGAGCAAGCGUGAGAAGCCGAAGGGGAAGCCGGAAAAGAAGAGAAAGGUUGACGAUGCGGAUGAUGAGUUGACCGACGCUGUCGAGGUAAAGAAGCGCAAGAAGCUUUGA